AUGGCGCGAUCUCAAACGAAAACCCUCCCGGUCAUCCCCCUCGCCCGCGGCACCAUCCUCCUGCCGGGCGUCGCACAGCGCAUUCCCGUCACCGCCGCCCGUCCCGAUAUCCCCGCCCUCCUCGCCAACGUCUACACCCGCGCCGCCUCUGCGGCCCCGAACGAGCGCAUCGAUUCCGUCCCCAUCGCCUGCAUUCCCGUCUCUUCCCCCUUCGUCGGCCCCAAUGGCCAGCUCCUCAUCCAGGAUGCUGACCAGAUGGACGAGUCCCUCAUCAAGGAGGUUGAUCCGGGCACCGCUCGCAAAUCCGAUCUCUACAACUAUGGCGUAGCCGCCCGCAUCACAGGCAUCGAGGGCAGGGGAACUGCCGAGUUCGCUCUGCGUGUGGAGGGCGUUGCAAGAGUUCGGGUUGAGAAGGUCACGCAGGAGAGGCCGCACUUUGAGGCCAAGGUCAAGUACUUCUACGAUGAAGUCACGACGGAUGCUCAGAUGCAAGAACUCUUUUCCCUCCUCAAACUUCGAUCCCGAGAACUCGUAACGAUUCUUCGCAUAUCCGCACUCCUCCCCAGAAGCCCAGACAGUCCCGGCGGCCUGUCUCCUCUGUUGACGAGGAGACUCGAAAUGUUCAUCAACAAGAAGGAGCUCAAGGACGCCGGUCAACUAGCCGACUUCAUGGCCAACAUUGUUGAGGCUUCAUACGAGGAGAAACUUGAAGUGCUAGCGGCACUCGACGUAAAGGUUCGCCUUGCCAAAGUCAUUGAGCUCCUUGACCGACAGGUCAGCGGGAUCAAGAACAACUUCAAGAUCACCACCUUCACCAGCGUGCCCGUGCAGUUCCUCGACAAGAUCAACGAUAAGACAUCACGCCGUGUCGGCCCCAACGGUGCUCCGCUGCCGCCUAACACCAUGUUUCCUCCAGGCCCCAACGGCGUCAUGGGCCCAGGCCAAGACGACGACCAGGAGCCCAAUGAGCUGGAAGAGCUCAAGAAGAAACUGGACAAGGCCCAGCUCCCCCCCGAACCCGCGAAGAUGGCGCAACGGGAGUUGAGGAGGCUGAAGAAGAUGAUGCCGGGUAACCAGGAAUACCAGGUCACUCGCACUUGGCUGGAUGUGCUCUCUGAGAUUCCCUGGACUGCUACCACUGAUGACAGACUGGGUCCCGACACGCUCGCGAGAGCUCGCAAGCAGUUGGAUGAAGACCAUUACGGCCUGGAUAAGGUCAAGAAGCGCUUGGUUGAGUACCUGGCGGUGCUGAGACUCAAGCAGUCAAUCAACGACGAUGUCGAGGAGCAGAUCAAGCAAGCGGAGGCGGAGGCGGCUCCUCCGGCCGAACCUGAGAAGGUUGAGAAGGAAGAGGACACCGAGAAAGCGAACAAGGAGGAAGCCAAUGCCGAGUUGGAGGAGCGCGCGAAGAUGGCCAACACCAAGAUCGAGGUUCUGCGGUCGAAGCGAAUGGUGGACCGGUCGCCCAUCAUGCUUCUGGCUGGCCCUCCUGGUGUUGGCAAGACUAGUUUGGCAAGAUCUGUCGCCAUGGCACUGGGCAGGAAGUUCCACCGAAUCUCGCUUGGUGGUGUUAGAGACGAAGCUGAGAUUCGUGGUCACCGACGGACGUACGUGGCGGCCAUGCCUGGUCUGAUUGUUCAGGGGUUGAGAAAGGUUGGCGUGGCAAACCCUGUCUUCCUUCUGGAUGAAAUUGACAAGUUGGGCAUGUCCAAUGUCCACGGUGACCCGUCCGCAGCUAUGCUCGAGGUCUUGGACCCCGAGCAGAACAACUCGUUCACGGAUCAUUACGUCGGUCUGCCUAUCGACUUGAGCAAGGUGUUGUUCAUCGCCACAGCCAACAGCCUGGACACCAUUCCAGCCCCUCUCCUUGACAGAAUGGAAACAAUCUAUCUGCCGGGAUACACAACGCUCGAGAAACGCCACAUUGCCAUGCAACACCUUGUGCCCAAGCAAAUCCGGGUCAACGGACUUUCGGACGACCAGGUCAACUUUGACAAGGAAGUCGUGUCCAAGAUCAUCGAGUCAUACACCCGUGAAUCAGGAGUUCGCAACCUGGAGCGCGAGAUUGGCUCUGUCUGUCGUGCCAAGGCUGUCGAGUUCGCCGAGGCCAAGGACGGAGGACAGCUCGGCACUUACAAGUCACAACUCACAGUCGACGAUAUCGAAGAAAUCUUGGGCAUUGAGAAGUUCGAGGAGGAAAUUGCCGAGAAAACAAGCAAGCCGGGUAUCGUCACCGGGCUGGUGGCGUACAGUUCGGGCGGCAACGGUAGCAUCCUCUUUAUUGAGGUUGCCGACAUGCCUGGAAACGGCAGCUUGCAGCUUACCGGUAAGCUGGGAGACGUGUUGAAGGAGAGUGUUGAGGUCGCUCUGUCCUGGGUCAAGGCGCACGCGUACGAGCUGGGUCUGACGUCGGAACCGGCCGCGAACAUCAUGAAGGAGCGGAGUAUCCAUGUCCAUUGCCCUUCGGGCUCGAUCCCCAAGGACGGUCCCAGCAGUGGUAUGGCGCAGGCCAUUGCUCUCAUUUCUCUAUUCUCCGGCAAACCUGUACCUCCUACAAUGGCCAUGACGGGCGAGAUAUCCUUGCGGGGCCGUGUGACUGCCGUCGGAGGCAUCAAGGAGAAGCUCAUUGGCGCCCUCCGAGCUGGUGUCAAGACGGUGCUACUCCCCGCGCAGAAUCGCAAGGAUGUGAAAGAUCUCCCCCAGGAGGUCAAGGACGGCUUGGAGAUCCUCCACGUCAAUCAUGUCUGGGAGGCCAUCCGACUCGUCUGGCCUGAUUCCCAGUGGCCUGGCGCGGAGCCCUACCCUCCCAUCGAGAGCCGAUUGUAG